GUGGAGUUCAUUUUAAAAUAGACAGGCACCAGGGUGUCACUCGAGGGAAAACAUUAAGAGCAACGUCCAUGUUCUAAUAGAAGACACUUUUCGUUGAAACCUGCAACUUGACUCUGACAUAAAAUACCCCGGGUAUAUAUAUAUAUCCGACAUGUUAGAGAUUCAGAAGUCGUCCCCCAAGACGACAGUCAGAAAAAAAUGUCCUAAGUCAAGCAUACCGAGACCUUGAUGUAGGUAACACAUGAUCACGCCUGCAGAAAACACAUUAAAAGCGGCUGCCAAUCCCUGCAGCGAAGUAUUUCACGGUAGGCUCAUGGCAUGACAUUGAUAUCAUCCCUCCCCAACCCCAUUUCCUUACCUGCGAGUUUCAUUUGCUGGCCUCAGUGACAUCACACGAGGAGGGUCACUCAUUCCAAUCUUUCUGAGCGAGGUGGGCUUCGGAACAGAGCCUUACUGGUUCGAGGUUGACAGACAGGAGAAGCUGAGAGGUUAUCAAGGUAAGUAGAAGACAGUGGUGUUGACGGCUAGUCGUGGUAGGUAGAAGACAGAGCGUGCUGCGUUUAUCAGGGUAUGUAAAAGCAGCGGGUGUUGAGGGUUCGUGAUUUGUAUCUUGACUUAAUUUUAUUUCCGUAUUUUUAUUGGAAACUUUCUUGCUUGUAUGAAUGUAAGUGGUUGAGUUAGUGGUGUUGUAAAGAUCAACAAAACAUUCCAUUGCGCCAACGGAUCCGUUAGUCCCAUCUAUGUGUAUCCUUUGUCCCUUCACAAUCAGGCUUUGUGGGGUGUGAAGGUGGGAAGGCAACAAAGAAAACCUGAGUGGACAAGCUUGCCACUGCUACUGUGUGGAAGGAAGAAAUGUUACAUGUAUGUAAUUGUAUAUGCAAGUGGAAAAUAAACACCCUAUUGAUGUCUGCCAUCACUAUUAACAACAGUGCACGGCAUGAUAGAUCACCUAUCGAGUGAAAAAAGAGAAUCGGGUUAGAGGUCAGGACGACUAGCGUGGGCACGCCUUGUACUACAGACAUCACCACCAUGGAAGCCAGCUACAAAUCAAAUUUCAGCAACACUACAGACACCACCACCAUGAAAGCAAGCAACAAAUCAAAUGUCAGCAACGCCAAUAGUGACGUGUACAGCAAGAUCGACAACUGGAACAGAGGCAGUGCCAGAAGUCUGCAGGAAAGUGUGGAGUUGUCGUCAUUAGGUUCUCAGCACAGGAGAGAUAAUCCUGUAACCUUUGACACUUGGUCGUCAGCGAACGACUACAGCCAGUCUGCAAGUAAAAGACGAGUUUGUUGCAAACAGAAGUCGACGGUCGUGCUGGUGAUGUUGAUAUUGAUAAUCGUCGGUGCUAUUUCAGGAGGCAUUGCCUACAAUGAGUUAAAGAAUCGUUCUACGUCUACAGCUCCAGGUGAAGGACAAAAAUACUGGGUCAGCAGAGGUCGCGUCACCACGUUGGUGAAUGACUCCUUCCUUCCUGCAAUGGCCAACAGCUCUUCCACCGAAUUCAAGGAAUUCAACAAGAAACUGUGUUACAGUGUUUACAAAAUUUUAGCUGGGAACGACAGUGUGGUCUUCCGCGGCUGUGCCCUACUUGAUCUCAGGUAAGGAUUCAAAAACAACAGAAACUUUAUAUUCUUUUUGUUUAUUUGUUCAACAUUGUCAGACUGAUAAAA